ACGUCAAAAGUAGUACUGCAUUGACAUUCCCAAGGAUUCGCAGAAUUUGCGCCAAAAUCUGCAAAAUAAUAAACAAAUAAAUAAACCAUGUCGGAUGUAGAAGAUGUGCCCGAAACCCAGCUGGAAAUCGAUGACACCGAAGGCGCAGAACUGGAGGAUGAGGAUGAUGACGACAUGGAACAGAUUACAGCGCAGAAGGUUCUGGAAACCUUAGAAACCGCCUGGAUAAAUGAAAUGUGUGCGCCGGAAAUACUGCCCAGCCAGGCGGACAUGCUGGAGCUGAUGGUCUCCCAAGUGGCCCACAUGGAGGAGCAGAUGCGCGACCUGGACAAGAACGAUUUCCGAGCGGUGGUGCACUCCAUGGAACUGGAGAGGGUGCGCUACAUAAUGGCCAGUUAUCUCCGUUGCCGCCUGCAGAAGAUCGAAACCUUCACGCAACACAUCCUCAACCAGGAGGCGGACCGAGAGCCGGAUGACAAACGUCUGUCUCCCGAGGAGACCAAGUUUGCCCAAGAGUUUGCCAGUAAUGUGGAUGAGUACUUCCACAAGGUAGCCACCCAAUACAUGCCCAAUCAGCAGAGAGGGGAGGCGGAGCAGAGGAUUGUGACUCCCAAUCUGAUGAGCCAUGUCUUCCUCAAGGCAAAUGUGGCGGUGCCCGCUGUGAUCGUGGGCGUCGAUGAUGAGGAGGUGGACAUGGCGGCCGGCUCCCAGCACAUUAUUCCCUACCAACUAGUGGCCGACUUGAUACAAAACAAUCAAGCGCAGCUCAUUUAAUAGACUUAUUUAGCAGGUAGUAUACAUGGUAAUAAAAAGAAUGAAAAUCCAA